AUGACCCUGAGAGUUUUAUAUGAAGGGAAAGAAAGGCUUAUUCCAGGGUGUGAAGUGAUCCAAGCCACACCCUACGGUCGCUGUGCCAAUGUCAACAAUAGUUCAACUACUUCACAAAGAAUCUUUAUCACUUAUCGAAGGGCUCCUUUAAUUCGACCCCAGAAUUCCUUGGCUGUAACUGAUAUCUGUGUUAUUGUAACCAGCAAAGGAGAAACCCCUCCUCAUACUUUCUGCAAAGUUGACAAAAACUUAAAUUGUGGAAUGUGGGGUUCCAGUGUAUUUCUGUGUUAUAAGAAGUCUGUGCCUGCUUCUAAUGCAAUAGCGUAUAAAGCUGGUUUAAUUUUUAGAUAUCCAGAAGAUGAUUAUGAGUCAUUUCCUCUCUCAGAAUCUGUACCUCUCUUCUGCCUUCCCAUGGGAGCUACUAUUGAAUGUUGGGAUCCUCAAACUAAAUACCCACUUCCAGUUUUUUCAACUUUUGUUCUCACAGGUUCUUCUGCUGAAAAGGUAUAUGGAGCUGCCAUCCAGUUUUAUGAACCUUACUCUCGGGAACUUCUGACAGAGAAACAGCUUAUGCAACUGGGCCUUUUGACCCCUGUGGAGAGAAAAGUGGUCUCCAAAUCCAUCAAUUCAAACAAAUGCAUUUGUUUACUCUCACACUGGCCUUUUUUUGAAGCUUUUAGAAAAUUUCUCAUGUUUAUCUACAAACUCUCUGUGUCUGGACCACAUCCUCUUCCCAUUGAAAAGCACAUUUCACACUUCAUGCAAAACAUCCCUUUUCCUUCACCACAAAGACCAAGAAUCCUUGUACAGCUUUCAGUCCAUGAUGCAUUAAUAUUAUCACAGCCAGUUUCUACACCUUUACCACUAAGUGGAGCAAACUUCAGCAUUUUGUUAAUGAAUCUGGGUCCUGAGAAUUGUGCGACACUGCUGCUCUUUGUUUUACUUGAGAGUAAGAUUCUGCUACAUUCUCUCAGGCCAGCUGUGUUGACUGGAGUAGCCGAAGCUGUUGUAGCCAUGAUCUUUCCAUUUCAGUGGCAGUGCCCAUAUAUUCCCCUUUGUCCUCUCUCACUGGCCGCAGUCCUUAGUGCACCUUUACCAUUUAUAGUUGGAGUUGACUCGAGGUAUUUUGAUCUUCAUGACCCACCACAAGAUGUUGUUUGCAUUGACUUGGAUACAAACAUGUUAUAUGUAUCAGAUGAAAAGAAGAACAUGAACUGGAAGCAGCUUCCCAAAAAGCCAUGCAAAAAUCUGCUUAGUACCUUAAAGAAGUUGUAUCCCCAGCUAUCUUCAGUUCACCGAAAAACUCAAGAAGGUUCGGCAAUUGAGAUGACGCCAAUUGAAGCAGAUUUCUCCUGGCAAAAGAAGACAACACAACUGGAGAUGGAAAUUCAAGAGGCAUUUUUGCGUUUUAUGGCAUCUAUUUUAAAAGGAUAUAGAACAUAUCUCAAACCAAUCACAGAGGCUCCUUCAAAUAAAGCCACAGCUGUUGAUUCAUUGUUUGACCGACAGGAAUUUCCUAGAUGUGUAUGGUAUGUGCUUUUGGCUGAUCGUGUUCCCAUGGUGCUAUAUAACAUUUCUUUCAUCAUCUGUAUUUCCUGUAAACUUGUGGUUGAAUUAAGAGACAUAUGGUCCAAUAGAGAUUUGUUUCCUGAUAAAGGCACAGAGAAAACGGAUAAGGUUGAUUGUGAUUCAGCCGAAGAUACCAAAUUGAUAGAGCUAGAUGAUUCACAGAAAAGUGAGCACACUGUAUUCGUAAUGCCACCAGAGCCAUCUCCUGAUGAUGGAAAGGAUCUGUCACCAAAGUACAGUUACAAAUACUUUCCAAGACUGGACCUUAAGCUUUUUGACAGACCACAGGAGUUGAAACUUUGUUUUAGUAGACACCCUACUGGGAAUAGCAUUGCAAACAGUCCAGCCCUCAUGGCUAAGAGAACUAAACAGGAGAUAAAAACAGCUCAUAAGUUGGCGAAGAGAUGUUACACAAAUCCACCACAAUGGGCCAAGUGUCUCUUCAGUCAUUGUUACAGCUUAUGGUUUAUUUGUCUCCCAGCCUAUGUUAGAGUUUCUCACCCUAAGGUCAGAGCACUUCAGCAGGCAUAUGAUGUACUCAUUAAGAUGAGGAAAACAGAUGUGGAUCCACUAGAUGAGGUGUGCUAUCGAGUAGUCAUGCAGCUCUGUGGACUUUGGGGUCAUCCUGUUUUGGCAGUGAGAGUCUUAUUUGAAAUGAAAACUGCUAAGAUAAAGCCAAAUGCUAUUACUUAUGGUUAUUAUAAUAAGGUAGUUUUGGAGAGCCCGUGGCCUAGCAGUACCCGCAGUGGUAUCUUCUUAUGGACGAAGGUACGGAAUGUGGUACGUGGCUUGGCACAGUUUAGGCAGCCGCUUAAAAAGACCGUGCAAAAGUCACAGGUCUCCUCAAUAUCAGCUCCUCAGAAUGCCACAGGUGGCAGUGAUGGGGAUGUGCUGAGCCACGGUAGCAUGGGUAGUUCUAAUGAUGCUAACAAUGGGGAGCACACAGUCUUCGUCAGAGAUUCAGUCAGGCUUGAUUCCACUGAUAAUCACUUUAGCACAGGUGGUCAGUCUGACCAAGGCUAUGGAUCUAAGGAUGAACUUAUAAAGGAUGAUGCAGACAUUCAUGUGCCUGAAGAACAAGCAGCAAGAGAAGUGAUAACUAAAGUGCAAACAGAAGAGGUGUGUGAUGUCUCUGCUGUUGUGGCAAAACCACAGCCUAGUGCCGAGCCCCAGAGUCCUACUGAGCCCCCCGCAUGGGGCAGCAGUAUUGUGAAAGUUCCAUCUGGCGUGUUUGACCUUGGUGGCAGGAGGAGCAGCACAGGUAGUACAGCAAAUGUGCCAUUUGCUACUCAAGAUCCAGUUGAAGAUGCAAUCUUUGGUGAAGUUACUAAUCUCAAGAAGAAUGGUGAUAGAGGAGAUAAAAGACAAAAGCAUUUUCCAGAGAGGAGUUGUAGUUUCAGUUCUGAAAGUCGAGCAGGAAUGUUGCUCAAGAAGAGCAGCUUGGAUCUGAAUUCGAGUGAAGUGGCUAUUAUGAUGGGAGCGGAUGCCAAGAUUCUCACAGCAGCACUGACCUGUCCUAAGACCUCUCAACUCCGAGCUGCAAGCACCCAGAGCUUUGAGAGUGUUAGUUGUCAUCUAGUUGAUGCUAGGACUCGUGUGUCUGAGAGCACUUGGGAUUCAGAGCACAGAUCUUCUCCGGUGUUAGAGAUGCUUGAGGAGAGCCAAGAGCUCCUGGAACCUGUGGUUGAUGACAGUGUAGCUCAAACUCCUAUGGAAAAGGAUGCGUGUGACAGUCUACAAAGUGAUGGUAACAGAGACCUGAAAGUAGGAUCCAGAGAUCUAAUAAAUAAGAGAAGUAGUUUAUAUGGUGUCGUUAAAGCUGUUGAGAGGGAGGAUGUUGAAACUGGACUAGAUCCUUUGUCUCUUUUAGCCACUGAAUGUACAGGAGAAAAAACUGCAGAUCCUGAAGAUAAGAUGUCUUCUCCAGUUAUUGCCCGUAAUCUGGCUGAUGAAAUCGAAAGCUAUAUGAACCUAAAGAGCCCCCUGGGUAGCAAGUCUUCCAGUAUGGAAUUACACGGAGAGGGAGGCAGAGAGUCUGGCCCGACCAGUGCCUUUACUCACCCUUUGGAGAGGAGCUCAAGCCUACCUUUAGAGCAUGGUCCAGCAGCACAGGAAGAUCCCGAACGUGAAAAGAGCUCCCCUGCAGAAGCCAGCUCUAAAACUUUAGCCGGGCGUUUCAAGCAGCAGACUCCCUCUCGUGGUCCGAAAGAACGCUCGACUUUAUCGGCACUGGUGCGCUCUUCACCACAUGGCUCACUGGGUUCUGUGGUAAAUUCUUUGUCAGGGCUAAAGCUAGAUCAUAUACUCUCAGGGCCCAAGAUGGAGGUUCUGAAAUCUGGUAUGAAACAAGCGGCAACAGUAGCCAGUAAGAUGUGGGUAGCCGUAGCGUCUGCCUACAGCUACUCGGAUGAUGAGGAGGAAACUAACAGAGAUUACAGCUUCCCAGCUGGCCUCGAAGACCAUAUUUUGGGGGAGAAUGUGUCACCUAACGUGAAUAUUUCUGGGUUGGUUCCCAGUGAACUCACCCAGAGCAACACAAGCCUUGGCAGUAGCAGCAGCAGCGGGGAUGUGGGAAAACUGCAGUACUCAACAGGUGAACCUCCAUUUCCAAGAAGCAUAAAAGGGCAGGACUGUGAAAAAUCAGACCAUGGCUCUUCUCAAAACACCAGCAUGUCUAGCAUCUAUCAGAAUUGUGCAAUGGAGGUUUUGAUGUCAAGUUGUUCACAGUGCAGAGCUUGUGGAGCUUUAGUUUAUGAUGAAGAAAUUAUGGCUGGAUGGACGGCAGAUGAUUCAAAUUUGAAUACAACCUGUCCAUUCUGUAAAAGCAACUUCUUGCCUCUUCUCAAUAUAGAAUUUAAAGACUUGAGAGGCUCUGCAAGCUUUUUCCUGAAACCAAGUACCUCUGGUGACAGUUUACAAAGUGGCAGCAUUCCAUUGGCAAAUGAACCUUCAGAGCACAAACCUGUAUCUAGUUCAGCAGAACCUGACUUGAUAAAUUUUAUGGAUUUCCCAAAGCAAAACCAGACCAUAACUGAAGAAACCACCUCCGCAACUGAAUCAAGUGAUGAAAUAAAGAGAGCCAGUGGAGAAGUCCAAACUAUGAAAAUUUCACCUGCGCCUAAUAGUUUAUCAAAGCGAAAUGUAUCUUUGACUCGAAGUCACAGUGUUGGAGGUCCCUUGCAAAAUAUUGACUUUUCCCAGCGACCGUUUCAUGGCAUUUCAACAGUCAGUCUCCCAAACAGUCUGCAGGAAGUUGUGGAUCCUUUAGGAAAAAGACCCAAUCCUCCCCCUGUUUCUGUGCCCUACUUGAGUCCUCUAGUGCUUCGUAAAGAACUUGAAUCUUUGCUAGAAAAUGAAGGUGAUCAAGUGAUUCACACAUCCUCUUUCAUCAAUCAACAUCCAAUCAUUUUCUGGAACCUCGUUUGGUAUUUCAGACGUUUGGACCUUGCUAGUAACUUGCCAGGACUCAUCCUCACAUCCGAACAUUGUAAUGGAGGUGUACAGCUUCCCCUAUCAUCUCUGUCCCAGGAUAGCAAACUUGUGUAUAUUCAGCUAUUAUGGGAUAAUAUCAACCUUCAUCAGGAACCAGGAGAACCUUUGUAUGUCUCAUGGAGGAAUUUUAAUUCUGAAAAGAAAUUGUCUCUCCUAUCAGAGGAACAAGAAGCCACAAGCACUUUAGUAGAAACCAUCAGGCAGAGUAUUCAACAUAAUGAUGUUCUUAAACCCAUCAAUCUACUUUCACAGCUAAUAAAGCCAGACAUGAAAAGACAAAGGAGUUUAUACCGAGAAAUCCUCUUCUUAUCAUUAGUAUCUCUUGGAAGAGAGAAUAUUGAUAUUGAGGCUUUUGACAAUGAAUAUGGACUUGCAUACAAUAAUCUAUCUUCAGAGAUUCUUGAAAAGUUGCAGAAAAUUGAUGCUCCACCAAGUAUCAGUAUGGAAUGGUGCAGGAAGUGUUUUGGAGCGCCUCUCAUUUAAGUAAGAUGUUCACUAGAUUUUUGACAAAGCUUGAGGGAAUAGAUUCAUUUGGCAAACAUUGAAGGUUUGUUCCAAAUGCUAACAAUUGAUGAAAGGGAAAUGAAGUUAACUCUUGGGACAGUAUGUAAUGAAAUGUAAUUCAUAUGGAAUCAUCUCACAAAGUAAAAAUGUCAUAAAAAUGCCCCAGGGUUAAUAUCUGAAGGUUUGCAACUUCUGAGUGGUUCAUCUGCCUCUGCUUGAGAACUGUUUUAGGAUUUCUCAUUAUAUGUAGUUUGAUAAUGCGAAACUAUAUUCAUUCUUGGCAUUUUGUUUAUAUUUGAAGUUGUUGGUCUUGGGGAAUAGCAGUUUAAUGUAAACUUGCCUAACCCCAAAACAAAUGAAAUCUCAAUUUUAUAAGGGCAACUAUUUGUGUAUGUGUGUAUAUAUGUGUGGCUGUGUAGGUAUUUGUAUGUACAGCCAUAUGAUAUUUAUUAAAAUUCUUAGACUGCGUGUUGCAAUACAAUUUUCUGAAAGGGGUCUGCAACUAUUAAAUGACUACAACUAAACUCAGCUGUAGUCAUUAAUCAAAAUUACCUUAAAGUCUGAUGACAGCCUUGCCUGUAUUUCUUCAUCCAUAUUACGUAUUCUCUUCCUUAGUGGAUUUUAUCUUGAAUAUCCAAGAUACUUUCAUCCUCUUCCCAAAUACCGUGUUAAUUUGCAACAGCUUUAAGAUUGGAAAUAAAUGAGCCAAUCAUAUAGUUUAAAUGAAAUUAAAUCACCCUCAUAAUUUACAAAAUUGGAACAUGCUUAAAAUGCUCAUGUUGAUUUUUUUGUACCUGAAAUUGUUCAGGUACAUAAACUGUUGCUAUUGGUCACUUUUAAAAACCUGUGGGAUAAACUUGCACUGCAUACAGAAAUUUUAUUCUUAUAUAUUUAAUUUGUAUGCUUAUUAUUUGUGCAUUUGUAAAUAGUUUUUUAGGAUGGAUCAAUUAAGUCUUAAAAUGUUAAAAGCUUCUUGAGCUUCUUGCCAGUAGGUUCAAGAAAGUCAUGACCUCACAUGCCUGCCAUUUAUCAUGCCUUUCCAUUAAAAACAGCCCUUAUGAACAGUUAAGUUUGCCUUAACUCUCUCCAAGGUUUAAAAAACCAAUGGUUAUGUGUACUUUUACAGUAAUUAUGCAGAUGACUAAAACAGUUGAUAAAAAUAUUUCCAGGUGGUACAGUUAACAGCCCAAAUCUCCCACCUGGUGUAAUCUUUUAAAAAUUGUUACUGUACCAGUCUUUCAACAUUUCAGGGCUAAUCUAAUCUAUGCAGAUUUCAUUUCAAUUUAUUAUGAAAUUAGAGUGAAAGAACUUGUCAGAAAUUAUGUACAACUCUCAUUACCUUAAAAAUGGAUCAUUUGCACUAUCUCAGAGUAUAUAUUUUUGCAGCUUAAUACUUGGUACUUAACACUUAUUUCCCCAACAAAGUUUGGAAUUACCUUGCAUAAAAGCUUGAGGAUGAAUAAAAUGCAAAAUUCUUAAGUUUGCUGUGCUUGUCUCUGUCACAUCUUUAAGGCUCCUGAAACGUGUACAAUUCUAUUUUAGAGUUCCCAUAUUGUUUUUCCACUUCUCGGUAGUCUUAACUUGAACUAAAUUACUUACCAGAGCACUUCCUGUUAGUAAGUGUAACGAAGAUCUCCUUACUCAUUUAAGAUUUGGCUAUACUGUACUAAAAUAUACAAUUUCUAGUAACUUUUUAUAACAUCUCAGCCAUUAUACAUUGGAAACCUUAGCCUGCUUUCAUUUAGAAAUAGGGGCUGUUUUGUGUUUAAAGUGCAUAAAGGCCUUUUCUAGCACCUACCACAGAAAGGGGACCACUAAAAAUUUACUGCGAACAAAACUGUAAGGCCAGAUAUGCAGUCAUUAUCCAUACGUUUAGAAAGGUCUGGAGUGACUCAUAGCAAUGUAUGAAACUUAAAAGCCUGAGAACUUCUGCAAUCUUUCAAAUUAGUCCAGAUAUUUAGCAUUACCUUAUACUAGUUUUGGAUUUGAUAGUCUGAUUUGAUUUUGGCUGCAUUUUGUAGAUUAUAGCAACCUAUGUGGUUAAGACUGUUAUAACUAUGCAAGCAUAAUAAAAGCGUAAAUGAAUCCUUUAAUUGUGGGAGAGUCAAUUGUUGCUCUUAACUUCAUUCUUAGUACAAACUAGUAAUGCAGGAUUAAACAUUCUUACUAUUGAAAUACUCUCCAGCAUUCCCCCUUUUGAAAAGUAGUUCUCCAUCUUAAAUCUGCCAGAAUUAACAAACUAGAACAGCCUAGCUCAGCCAUUAUCUGUCCACUUUAGUGACUGCACUCCUUGAUACAAGCAAGCAUGGUGGUGGUGCUCAUUUUGUGUUAAAAUCAACCAGGUACUGCUUAGUACAGUAACUCCGGCCUUUAAGUUACCCCUUGUGACUGCAGUGUUUAUUCCUUUUUAUUUUGCGUUAUCACUUAAAAAUUUUCCCUUUAUGCUUUUUUAGUUCAAUCUUAAUUUAUAUAACACCAAUUGCCAAUUAGUUUUUCACGUUCUGUAACUUUUUAAUACCAUGUAUUAAGAGUAACAUGGAUCUCCCUUUUGUCUAAGAAAUCUUCUCAGCUAGUCUAGUCCAGGGACUGGCAUUAUUGACAUUACCUGGAAAGUUACUAGUAAUGUAGAUUCUGGGGCCGCAAAUCUUCUGAAUCACAAUCUACAUUUUGGUCAGAUCCGCACGUGAUUGAUAAGCAAAACUUUAAGUGCAAGCACAGCUUCAGUCUCUAUGUUAAAGCAGUUGAAAAUUUUACUCACCUGUGGUUAAAACAUACACUCCAGCAAAUAAGGAACUCCAGUUCUUCACCCUUAAAGCCUAAUGUGCCUUUUUAAGAGCCUUCUAGUCUGUAAAGGUUAGUUCUAACUGCAGUUACUAUAGAAACUAGACAGGCUACAUUAGAAAACAGUGUAUUUUCUCUUUGUGCAUCCUUCAUCAAUCCAAGUGUUUCUUAAAGGCACAGUGUGAAACCAUAAAAUGCACGAGUAACAAUUCACUAGAGUUGAAAAGCUUUUGUUAAUAAAAUUUGCACUGGUUUUGAAAGCUUUGUGAACGGUUUUAAGAUGUUAUCUGUUAACUAUGCUUUUAACAAGGUAUCUUUUUUACAUGUGACAAAUGUCCAUCUUAAGGGCACUUUUCAUAUAUUGUGUAUGGAUGUUUAAAACUGUAUUCCUCAAAAUAAAGUGUACGAAAAAAUA